AUGUGUAAAGACGACUUACAGCAUUUAUUCUAUUCUCUCUCAAAAUUCAGUUUAGCGUUCGCAUUUACACGGUUUCCUUUAACCUCUCGUUAAUACUUUAAUAUGACAAGUGUUAAAUUCACGGUUAUAAUGUUCACUAAAAAGAACACUCGUAUGACCGCCGGCUCCCUGGUCUUUUAGAGGGCACAGGAACCGUUGUUGGGCAACAAGGACAAGAACAAGGAACUGCGCUACGAACCAGCCGGUCGGAGCCGACGCUGACCUCGAUUCAAGAAAUCGUGCACCAGCAGCGCGCCCAGAGCGUCAACAACCCAGAGAGAUGGUGGGCCUCUACAUCCGGGAGUACACGCGGACGACCAACGGCUGGCUCAACGUCGUCGAAGUCGUUGUCGGGGCUCUCCUGUGGCUCAUGUUCGCGGCCCUGGGCGCGAGCACGUGGAGCGAGCAGGUGCUCUACGGCGCGGCCGUAACCUUCACGACGAACGGGAGCCUCUUCCUGCUCGGCUGCGUCCUCAGCAUACCCACAGCUCUAAUGCUACCCAAGCUGCUAUACUUCACCAUCUACCAUCUCGUUGCCGGUGCGUCCUACCUGUACGGGGGCAUCGGCAGUGUGCGCAAUACUUCCUACACAGAUGGCAUCACGGCCAUCGUCUGCGGGUGCUUCCACAUUGCUCACUUCGCGUACACCAUGUACGCGAAGUGAGUGCUACCAGCGCCCGUCUAUACCAUCAGCCAAGCGAAAUUCAAGGGUGCACGUCGGAAACCGCGACCCAGAUUUUUCGUGCCUUCGCGAAAAUGAAUAAAGCACGUCACUGACGUCCCUUUCAAACAUAGCCGAAAGCCAAUGUUAGGAAGGAAGAACAACAUACAGUACGCGACGCGGAAAGUAAAUAACGACUCAUUAAGACACGUUACUUCAUUCGUUUUCGAGUCAAACGCCGGCGAAGCUACCCAUGCAAUUUUUAUUUCUUCGUAUAUACUUUGCGUGUAAAGAAUGAAACGUUUCGGCUAAAAGAUUUGCAAAAGCU